AUGUGUCUAAUACAUGUUCCUAAUACAUGCUGCCAGCAAAAAGCCUGUAAAAAUGCAGAAGAACCUAGUUUUCAGUCUCUCUCUGCAGCUCCUGAAUCUAAAGUCUCAUACAACAUUUUUGUCAGCUCUCUCCUCUCUUUUGAUGAUGUGAGAAAAUCUCUCUCUCAACUGAAAGACAAACUGGAGGAUUUCUGUAGAGAUGAGAUAAAAAAGAUAUCUGACAGAGUUACAUCUAUCAAAAUUAAUUCUGGUGAACCCAAAACCAGGCUGGAGUUUUUGCAAUAUUCCCAUCAGUCCAUGCUGGAUUCAUACACAAUGAAUAAAUACCUCUGGCUCUCUGAUGGGGACAGAGCGGCUACUAACACUACAAAAAUCCAUCAGUAUCUUGAUCAUCCAGACAGAUUUGAUUAUUGGCAGCAGGUGUUGUGUAAAGAGAGUGUGACUGGUCGCUGUUACUGGGAGGUUGAGUGGAGUGGGAAUGAUGGUGUGCAUAUAUCAGUCUCGUAUAAGAGCAUCAGCGGGAAGGGAAAGGGUUAUGAGAGUGUGUUUGGAUGCAAUAAUCAGUCUUGGAGUUUACUCUGCUCAACCUUCAGAUACUCAUUUGAGCACAAUAAUAUCUGGACUGAUCUCUCUGUGUCCUCCAGUUGCUUUAGAAUAGGAGUGUAUGUGGAUCACAGUGCAGGAUCUCUGUCCUUCUACAGCGUCUCUGACACAAUGACCCUCAUCCACAGAGUCCAAACCACAUUCACUCAACCUCUCUAUCCUGGGUUUUAUGUUAAUAAAGGAUCCACAGUGAAAAUGUCUUUGAGAUUGUCUUACUUAGUAAAUAUUAAAGAUAUCAAUGUAUCAUUUUCACAGAAUGUUCUUUAUGGAUGAUAAGACAACCAAAAAUGGGAUUUUUACAGACAGGGUCACAUUUAUCAGAAUAGAGAACUAAUAGCCAAAAUUGUAGCUCUCCAGUGGGUUUAGGAGGGAAAACAAACAAAUGUUAUCAUCUGCUCUGACUGACUUUGAGCAUUAUUAGGUAUCUUACAUGGGGAUAAUCCUGAUGGUUUUACCAUGUAAUAUAUACAUGCACUGUAAAAAUUUGGAUCAACAUAAAAAUACUUCAAUUGGUAACAAUAAUAAAAUUAUUAUUUCAACUUCAAUUUUUAAUUUGAAGUGUUUUUUACUUUAUAAUAUAAGGUAAAACUACUUUUUUGGUGUUACCAAUUGAAGUCAUUUUUAAGUUGAUCUAACUUUUACUUUUUUUACAGUGUGGUAAACUGGCUAUAAGAAAAACUUGAUGGAUUUGGAAAGCAAGCAGUUGAUCGAUCACGUGUUAUACAAAUACAAAUAAGGAUGAGUAGGGAUGAAAUAAAAGGAAUAAUAAAAAUCUCAGUAAGUUAGAAAUGAUCUCCAAAACCAAGUUUAACAAAAAUUGUAACAAUAGGAAAGAAGAAUCCAUGUUCACUUAGGAAUUGACACUCUGGUUUAAAUAAUUUUGAAAAUGAAACAAGUUUGUGUACAUUCGGGGAUCAAGUAUGGGCAACUGAACAUUUAAUGUUGGUAUAUAAAGAAGAACAAGAACAUUUUCUACAGAAAUGACCUGCCUUACUUUAAAAAAUCUAAUUUGUUCACCAGGACAUAGAAGAAUAAACAAUGUAUCAU